UUAUUAUGGAUACCGCCAGCGCGUUGGUCUGCACGAUAACUAUGGUGGCCUGUGUGGCCGCGAAGGUUGCCUCCGGUGCGCUUAGUGUCGCGGGUACUGUUGUCGGUGCGGGAGUUUCUUAUGUGGCGGAUGCUUACUCUGCUACAACGCCAGCUCCAACGAAGAAACGAGAGGCCACUGAAAAAGUGGAAGAUCCUCUCCGAAAAUAUCCCGGAUGGAAGACACAAUUUGCGGGUAGUAAAGUAUCACCCGGAGUGUAUUUUUCUCCAGAAAUUAUGACGGAUGGUCCAAUAUUUUACGGAUUUGGAAACUGUCCUGCUUCUGUUAAGAUGGGAACAGGGAAAAACUUUUCUAGUUCAUCUGAAGCCCUUGAUUUCUACCAAAAAGUGCUGCGAACAGAUUGUUUGUCACAUAUGAAACCACUCUUGGAAUUAACUUUGACGACUGGAGUGGUGACCUGGGUCAAUCCACACUUUGAGUUUAAGGAGGGACAUGAUUUUCUGACGAAGCCCAUCCUCCCCUUAAAAGAUUUGUCCGUGCUCACCUCCGCCGCUGAACUCGUCGCGUUUACAACCGUUCACAAAUCCGCGCUUCCACCGAGCUGGACACCGACCGCCUUUCUCCCCGCAAACGGAAAGAAACCAAUCUCUCCCAGCGUCUCAUUCCUGACUCAAGUCUGCUUGAAAUACUUGGCCCUCGUGCGACAAAAAGUCCGCCCGCACAUGAUCCACUUAACUCGACAUCUCCUCCACUUGACCAACUCGGCCUUGAAGAAGAUUGCCGAGGAUGGUCAGAAUUUGGAGAAGUGUGUCGAUCCGGGAUGCGAAAAGGAUAAGGAGGUCAAUCAAAAUGAUAAGACCGCUUUAAUGGGAAUCGUCCAGUUCAUUAAGAAAGGAUUGGGACCGGUGGACAAGGGGAACGCCACCGAGGGCGAGGUGGUCACCUUGUUUGAAUUAUUUUUAACGGAAAAUGAUGAAGGGAUUGACCAAUUUGUGAAAGCAUUUGUGUAAAAAUUUAAUAAGGUGUCGGUAAUUAAA